AUGGACAUACAAGAACCCAUUGCAAUCGUUGGGCUGGGCUGUCGAUUUCCUGGAGGAGACAACUUGGAUGAAUUCUGGAGAGUGUUAUCAAAGGGAGAGAACCAUGUGAUAGACGUGCCGCCGGACAGAUGGAAUGUGGAUGCCUGGUAUCAUCCGGAAGCUCCAGGAAAGAUGUACUCACGAAAACUGGGCGCUGUCAAAGGACACGAUGAGUUUGACAAUCGCCUGUACGGAAUCAGCGAAUCAGAGUCGCUAAAGAUGGACCCCCAGCAAAGAUUUGUGCUGGAUUCCGUCCAUAUGGCGCUGGAGGAUGGUGGGUUUACCAGGGAACAUCUUCGGGGCAGUAAAACUGGUGUAUAUAUAGGAUCAAUGAAUACAGACUACUCAAACAUCCUUUCAAAACACGUAGAAGUGGCUGAUAAUUACCACUUGACUGGAUCUGCUAACAGUAUAGUGGCCGCCCGGGUAUCUUAUGUGUACGAUCUCCGCGGCCCGGCUGUUACCUUGGAUACGGCCUGUUCCUCUGCCCUCAUGGCCAUCCAUUUGGCCUCCCAGGGCCUUUCCACAGGAGACUGCGACCUUGCUUUGGCCGGAGGUGUCAAUCUGGUCAUGAUACACAUCUCGGGGGUGUACCUCAGUCAGGCAGGGAUGGCCUCCCGUGUCGGUCAGUGCCAAGCCUUCUCAGCAGAUGCUGACGGAUACGUAAGAGGAGAAGGCUGUGGGGUUGUUGUACUGAAAAGAUUGUCUGAUGCUUUGAAAAACAAAGACAAAAUCUGGGGCACGAUCACCACUGGAACAAACCAAGAUGGCCACAUGGCACAACCGAUCACAGCGCCCUCUGGUCUUCAACAGGAACAACUUCUAGAAGAUAUGUACAGCCGUCACAAUAUCGACAAAUCUACAGUGCAGUACAUCGAAGCACAUGGCACAGGUACCCCUGUAGGAGACCCCAUAGAAGCAAACUGUCUCGGCCGAUUUUUCGGACAAGAUGGCAAGAUCCGACAUAUUGGUUCAGUGAAAACAAACAUUGGACAUCUGGAGUCAGCGGCAGGAGCAGCGGGGCUCAUUAAAGUUCUGCUCAUGAUGAAGCACGAGACCAUAGUGCCAUCACUGUUCAGCUCAAAGCUCAACUCAAAGAUUGAGUUUGAAAAGUACCAUCUCAAAGUGCCUACUGAUUGCGUCCCGUGGGAAGAGCUGCCCUCCGGAGGUAGGGCGGCUGGUGUUAACUCUUUUGGGUUUGGGGGAUCCAACUGCCACGCUUACGUCAAGCAGUAUGUGAAAAUUGAUCCACCAUUGCCGCCUAAACCACGUAAACAUGGGUACAGAAUGAUCGCCGUGUCAUCUAAGAGUUCGUCUGGUUUGACGGCCAACGUCCUCCACCUGAAAGAAGCGGCUGAAAGAAAUCGCCUAGACGUGGAUGCUCUGUCCUUCACGUCAACAUGUCGACGAGAUCAUCACGAAUACCGUUUGGCUUUUUAUGCCAGAGACCAGGAGGAGUUGAUAGCUGAAUUAGGUAAACACCAUGUCUUUGAAGUGUCUCAACCAGCCAAAAAACUGCGUGUCGUUUAUGUGUUCUGUGGAAUGGGGACUGCUUGGAAGGGAAUGUGCAUUGAUCUCUUGGAUAAAGAGCAGGUUUUCAGGGACCAGUUAGAAGAAAUUGACGAAUUAUUGAAAGAAUUCAACUCUGUUUCUGUGAUAAAUAAACUCAGAAACCAAAGCAAUAUACACGACCCUGCUGUUGAGCCCCUGGUGCUUUUCGCUUGCCAGGUGGGACUGACGGCCGUGUGGCGCACUGGGGGGGUGGAGGCUGAUGCUGUGAUUGGUCAGUCUGUAGGGGAAGUGGCUGCCGCCCACGCCGCCGGGAUUCUGUCCCUCAGGUCGGCAGUAGAUGUGAUCUACCACAGGACUCAGCUCCUCUUACAAUCAGUUGGAGGCAAAAUGCUGGUAAUUGGGAAAUGUCCUGUUGAAAAAGUGGAAGAACUUUGCCAUGAGCAAGGCGGUGGCGUUAACGUCGCCGUGUACAACAGUCCUACAAGCUGCACCGUUUCCGGUGACGACGAAGCGGUGACCGCUGUUCGGAAAUGUCUCAAAUUUUUGGAUCAACCUGACAUGAUAAUCACAGAGCUUUCUGUGAAAACAGCUUAUCACUGCCACAAACAAAAACCCCUGGCAAAUUCUCUCAUCAAGGCCUUAAAUGGACUGAAGGGACAGGAUGCACAGCUUGACAUCGUUUCUACAGUUACUGGUCACUUGGCAUCUUCAACAGAUUUUAAAACAGCAGAAUACUGGGUGAAAAAUCUCACAGACCCUGUUAAAUUUUAUCAGGGUUUAUUGAGUGCAACAGAUGGUGACAAAUUCAACGUAUUUCUCGAAAUAGGACCGCGCCCGGUACUUCGAGCUCAUUUCAACGACGUUUUCAGUACCGGAUACAGCAAUGGAGUGGUUGUACCCUCGAUGGAGAAGAUGUCAAACACUAACACCAUGGUAAGCAGCCUCGGGAAGCUUUUUAGCCAUGGUGUGAAUCCCAGGUGGGCUUCUGUUAUAGGGCAGGGUGUUACACAGCUAACUGUGGAACCCAAAUACCAGUUUCAGAGAACGAAAGGUUUAUUUGAACCUGAAACAUCUCUCUUAGAACGCCAGGGGCUGCCAAGUAUGAAUGGGAGACAUCCGUAUGUGAAUCGAGUUUCCGGGAAUCUUCUCACAAUGGAAAUCCGGAUAAAUGAAAAUGACACGGCAUUUGUUUACUCACAUGUUGUCGGCGGAGCGGCAUUUGUCCCGGGAUCUUUGUUCGCUGAUGUCGCCUUUGAAUACGCAAAAGAAAUAUUUGAAAAUGUAGUGCAAGAUGUACGAGUGUCUGUGCGCUUGUUGAAGCCUGUUGGUGUCAUGAAGGGCCGUAGCCAGACAUUAACUUUGAUGACUGAAGCACAAUCUUCACACAGCGCCAGCUUCAGGAUUUUACACAAAAACUCUGCGUGUGUGUUUGGUGAAGUAGUCAAAUCCGGAGACUCAUUCGAGCCCAAGCCCUGUGACAUAGCCGCUGUCCGCAUGCGGUGUACAUCUUCGAUGGACAAAGAUGAGAUAUAUGACAGGUUGAGGCAGUUCGGAUUUGCGUACGGCGAGCAACUUCAACUGAUCACGAAGUGUGAAGCCAAUUCCGUGGAGUGCUUAGCAUGGCUAAGCGUCAGCGAUCUCGUGAAAACACAGAUGUGUAAAACUCAUCUACAUCCCUCCAUUCUGGAUGCAAUCAUGCAGUCUACCUGUGCAAUUUACUCCAGUACUGAGUCUGUCUGGGAAGACCGUAUACCGUCCAUUCUUGGCGAGAUUAGCAUCCACAGGAAGGUCACUGGGGACAUGAUGUGUUAUAGCAAACAGAUGAGUCAGUCCAAUGGGCAAUUUCAUUUUAGGGUUCUUCUACUAACACAUGCUGGCCAGGUGAUUGCAGAAUUAAAAGACUUCGUUAUACAGAUUUUGAGCACCACAAAGACAACCGCAGAGGACCUAGAAUACGAGCUCCAGUGGGUGCCAACUGAAAUCUCUACAACGCCUCCUGAUAAAAGAGCAAUUUUGUUCAUUCACCGGAAGCGCAAACCGGACAAAAUUCUGCAUAAACUGUCUGACUCUGUGAAGGUUAUUUCCGAGGAGUCCACCUCAGGGUUGGUGAUCCCAAUAGACAAAAUAUCGGGGGUCGUAUUCUAUGCAGACUCGAGUGAAGAGACUGAAGACUAUCUGAUGAGAUCAUUGACAGAAAUGUACGACAAUCUCAGGGAAGUCAUCUGCUUUCUGAUCAACAGCGGGAGCGACAUCCCAGUUUCCGUUGUGACGGUGAAUACGCAAAUAUCAAAGGACGGUUCCAGUGUUUCUCAGGUGAACCUAGAUGGAUCACAUUUAUGGGGCAUGGUGAGGUGUUAUGUGAAAGAGGACAACCGAAAGUUACAGCUGAUUGACCUCCAAGAUUUCACACAAGCAUCCAUAGACACUUUAACGAAUUGCUUGAAUCUACAGAGCUUUCAUGAAUUUCGUUUUAGAGAACUGAUGAUAUGUGAAGGAAAAUUAUUUAGGUAUUCGGUGAAGACGUCACUGCGUGUGAUGCCAAUCAGAGAAAAGCUUAGUAGUCACACCGAAGUCAAUCAGCCUUUGAAUCUCGUCAGUGGUCGUAAAACACCAAGUUGUCCAUACGAAUAUCGGUUGGAAUAUUCCACACAGGCAGCAGAUACUUCGUCAAAAGGAGAAAUAAUCCCGGUAAAGGUGCAGUAUGUUGUAAUAACAAAAUCAAGCGCAUCUUCCACUGAUAAAUUGCAAACACAUUUGGAUGAAGGGCAGAGAUUGGUCUGUGUGGAAGCAGUCGGUACAGCCAAACACGGACAAGAAAACAAGGACGUUAUUGUUUUUAUUCCAACAUUUGCUAAAACUGUUUUAACAGUUUCAAAAACCAAUACAAUUCCAAAGUCACUCAUUAGAGACUACAAGGCUGGUUUGCUGACAUGUUUGGCGAUUAUAGAAAACAUGGCACAACAAAUACCCCUAGAUUCUCAGGUGGCAGUGAUAACUGAGCCGCGGUCCAGAUGUUUUGGUCAAUUAUUGAAAGCUGUUUUGAACUAUAAGGGAAGCACCCAGGUGCAGAUUCAUGAAAAACUGACACAAGAAAGUAUCCCAAAAGGCACAUCGCACGUUAUUUUGUUUUCAAAUUGUUCAAAGGAAUUCUUCAUUACAGAAGAAACUGGGCAGACAAUAAUUUCCAUCGAAGGUUUUGGACUAGAAAGUAAAGACAUUUUACUUUUGACAAGCCUAAACUUUACCCUUCGGGUAAUUAAGCCAUGGGAGAUGUUUUCCAGUGGGAAGAUUUCAGAAUGUUUAAAACAAAUAUCGACCAUGUUGUCAAUGGAAUGGAGAAGAUUAAACGAAAUCUUGAGCACAUUUGAAGAAAAACAUCUUGAAAUCUUCGUGUCGCACGUCAUUCAUGUUGCAGAUCAGUCACUGCCUUUGUGUGUUACUGAACGGACGCUUUUCCGAGGGAAUGCGUCUUACGUUAUAGUGGGAGGCCUGACGGGUCUAGGCUGGUUGAUUGUUCAGUUCAUCGCAGAAAUGGGCGGUGGUCUGAUCGCUAUUACGUCACGGAGGACACCAGACGCGGACGCCCAGGAAAAGAUGCGGAAACUAAGCCUGGAGACCGGAGCCAAAAUUGAAUUUCUACAGGCAGAUGUGUGUGACUUGAGCUCUCUUGAAAACGCCUUCGUGAUCCUACAGACAAAGUACCCUGACCACGCAGUCAAGGGAAUAUUUCAAGGUGCUGGUGUGCUGAAGGAUUCUCUGUUGCUCUAUUCCACAGCCGAAGACUUUGAGAAAGUUGCCUCGCCUAAAAUCCAAGGUUCUUUAAAUCUACAUAAGCUGUGUAUGCAACUUGGUCUAAAGUUGGACUACUUUAUUUUACAGUCUUCAGUCGCAUCUGUUUUCGGAAAUCCAGGCCAGACAAGCUAUGGUGCAGCUAACAGUUUUCUCGACACACUCGCCAGCUACCGUCGUCAAAAGGGUUUGAAAGCGCAGUCUCUAAACUGGGGACCAUUAUGUGUAGGAAUGGCUGUGAAGGACGAGUCCGUAGUUAACAGCUGGAAAAGCGCAGGGUUUGAAGCCAUUUCUGAAGAGGGAGUUCGACAGUGCUUGAGGCAUGCUUUGUUGUCGGACAAGGCACAUGUAUGCUUUGCUGAUAUUUACAUCAAGGUGGAAACUCCAUCAGCUGACAUACGAACGGUUUUAGAUAGCGCAGUCAAUAGUCCUGCCGAGAGACAUCUCAAAGGCGUGGAUAUUGACCUAUCGGCAAUUCGGAGUAUGAAUGAAGAGGACAGGAAACAGGCUUUCUGGAAGUAUAUCAAGGCACUUGUAAACAGAGAAUUUACUGUGUCGUCAGAGCUGCUUCAGCUUUCAACUCCUCUGUACAAUUUAGGACUGAAUUCAAUGGUAGCCGUUUCCCUUAGUAACUGCGUGAGGAACGAUACGGGAAUCCAUUUACCUGCUACUCGACUACUCUCAGAAGACCUGACGAUGAUAGAUUUGGUGACAGAAAUCGAAAAUGCUGUUAUGGCAAACGAGAAUGUCACGAUUGCCAUAUCGCCACUUGACAUAGAGAGGAUGUAUUCCAAACUCUCGCCCUUGAUAUCACCGAUUCAAGCCUUUAUGUACCAAAAGUGUCAUCGAAACAACUUCAGAAAUGACAUUCUAAUUGGGACAGAAUUUAACACCACAUUCUCCAUUCCAAAGGAGAACAUCAAAGCUGCUGUGUACAAAGUCCUUGAGAGAAAUAAACCAAUAAGAACGGUAUACAGACAGAACGGAAAUCGUGUAGAGCCUGUCCUGCUGGAGGCGUUUAAAGUUCCGAAAAUUAUUGACAUUUCAUGUGAUGACCCUAAGGACCUCACAGAACAAGUAAGACAGGUGUUUCACCGACCGUUUGACCUGAGUAAGGAAUUGCCCCUCAGGAUCAUUUACAAUCACACCAAUGGCCCCAACUCUGAGAUUAGAUUUCUCUUCCAUCACGUUUCCUUUGACCAAAAAGCAGUGUAUAUGUUUUUCAAUGAGUUGAAAAGUUUUUUGCUCUCUGAAAACUUACCUGCUGUAAAGGAGGUUAACAUUCCUUCGGAAGUGUUUAAAUGUUUGUCGCCUCAAUUCAGACAACAAGAGACAUUUUGGGAGAAACGAAUAAAUCAGUCUAUUCACUUGCCACUGCUUUCAUUGUCCACUUCCCCCAAUGCCCACAUACCGCCAGUAUUGGAGAAAACGGUUCUUCUUGAUAUUCCAACAGAUAUUGUCGCCGACAUUAUCAAAAUGUCCCAAAUACUUAAAAUCACAAUGUUUCAGUUUUUGGUGAGCUCCCUUCAGCUUCUGUGGCAUAUGUUAACUGGAGAGGAGAAAUUAAGUCUGAUAAUAAACAUUGACACACGCCAGCAUGUCCCAGCCCUGAUGAACGUCAUGACUCACUGCGUGAACUACCUACCUGUUAUUGGCUCCUUUGACCAAGACAUUACAAUUGGGGGUUUCCUACAGAGCAAUUCAGCUGAGGUGAGGCAGUGUGUGGAGCAUGGCCUCUAUCCCGGGUUUUUGGUGCUGGAGAACACGUCAGAGGUGACGGCAGCCAACAUCUGUAGACAUAACGUGGUUAUGGAGGAUUUCACAGAGCAAGUGAAGUUGACGGAUUAUAGCGGAGUUCACCUUGGAAAGUCUGGACCCAUGGGUCUUGACCGAGAGACAAGGCUUCUGCUGUGGACGAGUGGGAAAUAUAAAAUUUUACAGCUGCAGCUAGAUUACCACCCUGACUUACUCACCCAGGAAGCAGCUCAAACGUUUCUGUCUGACUUUAAGGCAAUUAUAACGUUCAGCCUGGGGAAUCUGAGCACUGUCAUAAACGACAUACCUACAUCAAUACUGUCAUCCUCUGUGACUUCUUCGAAGAAUGUUACAUCGUCUUCUCCAGCCUCAUUGAUGAACUCAGAGCCACCGAUUUCUUUGCGAACAACGGUGGAGUCUAAGCAGCCAAUUUCGUAUGAGAAACUGGUCACUGGAGAAAAAAAGGCAGAAAUUGGUACCGCGAACCAACUACAGAUAUCAUACUCGGACAUAACGCUUUCAACCGUUAUAAAAGGUUUUUGGUGUGAGAUGAAGGUUGGUGAUGGCUGCUGUACAUCGUCAUGGGAAGAUGUGUUUCUUCGCCUGUCACUGACUAACGGAAAGCCAGGCUGCCUUGAGUGGGGUCUGGACGAGCAUGGACGUUCGGGAAGAUGGCUGUCCCCCAAAUUAGGAGAGUCAGUCGUUGUUCUAAAGGAAGUGAAAUUCUUCAAGUUGAUUAUUCAGUCCGGAAAUAAAACAGUUAAGUUCAGGACAAUGGACGAGUCGGUGGCGGACACGUGGAUCAGAGCGCUGACCGAACUCAAGAGAUCCAAAGAACAUCCACAGUCGUACGUGAAUCGUGGGGCCGUGUUUGAGACAAAUAUUGUUACUACGCAUCUGUAA